AUGUCUUCUUUCUCGUCGUCGAAGGACUCGCGUAAUGACUCAUCUGGCGAACACCGUGGCCAUAGCGAAGUCAGUAAUGCUACUCGCGUGCACGGCUACCAGUCAGCCCAGCAAUCUCAAUCCACCGAAACACGUACUCGAGGUUCCACGACCUCCCAGGACGCCGCCGAUCCUUACUUGCCCUUCGUGCCCGGGAAUAGCACAGACCAGGACGAAACCCACAACGAGGACUCCGACGAGGAUGAUUUUGUUCACGUCGUGCCGUUGUCCGAAAGCAAGGGGAAAGGCCGUAUGCCCGGCGAGAGGAACGAGAAGUUUCAACCCCACGGCCCUCAACGAACCUCCUCGAAUAACGCUCAAGCUACGAUGGGCGAAAGCGAUGAGGAGCGCAAAGCACGCCUGAGACCAAUCGGACCCUCGAAGGAAAGGUUCGUGAGGAUGUACUCUGCGGAUGGUCGUCUCUCGAGGCUUGUGCAUAAUCCGGCUUAUAUUGCACCUGUUGACGAGCGUUCGGUCUCGCCCGACAUGGAACUCGAAGAACCGCAUACUUAUCCGCCCAGGCGCUCCUACGAUGACGAACCUACCUCCACCGCGGAUAUCACCCAGGCCAUCUAUGGCAAAUUCCAUCCCAUCCAGCACUACAAACCUGCUAAGCCGACCACACCGCCUCAGACGCAGGACCUUGGCGAUAUUCCCAGCCAUUACGCCGGCAGGCAGAGAUCGUUCCUAGGUCUAGGAUUCGGAGCGUACGAGGAGGAGGAAGAGCAAGAGGAGGAAGAGCAGGAGGAGGAGGAGCAAGAUUAUAUGCGGAAUGUUUAG